CGCUAUUGGAAAUUUUGUGUUGGAAUAGAAAUUAGAGGUUGUUCCCGCGCAUGACAUUUCAGAAUCCGACAUUAUGGACGUGAUUCUGUCUCGCGCCGGGCUUAACCCCACUCAGCAGCGCUCGCUCUGCUUGGACGCCGUAAUGGACGAGGUGAAGCAGACGGAGGUCAAGCUGACUGACGCCAUUGCGUCCCUGAAGCGACUACAGGAUGUGGUGCGCGUCGCUCGAGACGUGCACAAUGCACAGCGGUCUGUCGUGACGCUGCCAUCUGAUGCGGAGGCCUCUGUUAAAGGGAUGGCACAGUCCAGCGAGCAGAUUGGUCCAGUACUGAGAGAUAUUCAGUGCAUGUUGAACGCGUUUACUAUUUCAAGUCGAUCGCGUGGAUCUUCGGGGUAUUCGACGGAGGACGAGGACGAGGAACAACUUACGUUGCCUGCGAACCACGAGAGAGUGAGGCAACAGUAUCGAGAGACACCAGCAUCAGGUCCGUACCGAUCUUCGGGUCUAGGAUCAUCAGGAUGGAUCAUGAAUCCGCACAAAGGAGGUCCAGCACCGUCGUUCUUUAGGGUGCGUGACCAAGGGAGAACGGGUGAGCUCCCGACACCUCGAACAGUUUCUGGUGCACUAAGUUCGAGUGCAAGCUAUGAUAUUUCUUCAGACGGAUUGGCAUCUGGCCCAGAAUACGUUGGUCAAAAGCGGCGGGCUACUAGUCUCGCACCUCCUAUUGCCCACUCCUUCUUAAGACCGACUACGACAGUAGAUCUAAUGAUCCGUCGUGAGCUGGAACGACAAAGCGUUUGGCCACGACACCACCAGUAUCGGCUUCUUCACAGUAGACCCCGCUCCCCAGUCCAGCAAAGUGAAAAGAAAGUGGCACAAGUGAUCGAUGGCCUGGAAAAGCGUUUGUCCAAGCUUUCGGGUGCAGAGCAACACGAUGUCAUUUCCGCCAGUAUUAAAUCUGCACUGAAGGUGGCUCGACUGACAAAAGUAAAAGGCGAAGAAGAAAGCGUUCAGAUCGCUGUAAACAAUGCCCGGGCUGCUAGUAGUGCGCUGCUGGAUCGGGACUCUAGCUGUACCGACAUAUUAGACCGCCUAGAGGAUUUACGCCAGAUUCUUGCCGUCGUCGUGCGUGCUGCUCUUGAGACCGAUGGAAAACUGGAGGGCUCCGGACUGCGUGAUCUGCUAAAGCUGCUCAAGAAUCUUCAAGAUACUUUUCCUGGGUCGGCCGCGCGCUUUAAAUGGUACGUGUCCUCGAACGCAAUGAAGCCGAAUUUGUUUGUUAUUCAUUAUGCCAUUGUUCUGAUUUUCAUCGUGUACAGGUGCAGUACUCAGCUACGCAAGUUUAUCACGCAGAAGUAUAAAAGACCAGCACAAACAUCUGUCAUUGACCAAGAAAAGCUGUCAUCAGUUGUAGCUGAGGCUCGGAAGUGGGAGAGCGUGAAUGACUACACUGCUUCGAGAUUCGGGGACAUCAUGACAUUCGUGAUGGAAAUACUUGAAGGAUCAUACGAAGAAUGGGAGCCACGAGAGGAUUCGCAGCUCGCAGAACUUAUUGGUAUCAUGGUUAUCCGGCUGGGUGCUUUCAGAGAUAGUCAUGUACAGCAAGGCCGUCUGCACGAUGUGCACGGGUGGUUGUACAAGAUGUCAGGAACUUCCUUUUCACCGUCGCUCGACCUGAAAUCAAUGCCUCCCCCGCAUAUGACAGGAAUAUAUGUGACUCCAAACAAAGGAUUCCGCACAAUGGAAGACGUCGAAGAAGGUUUCCACCGACUUUCGAAGGCGAAAGCAACGAAGUCCUUUGGAUUUCUUACAAUGACGUCGUACACCUUUCUGGCCACGGUUCUCACGACGCAGAAUCCCAAGCUGUUGCCAAUCAACGAACUCAUCCGUUUCAAUGAGAACCUCCAGGUGCUGAAAGAGCUCGACGUCGGGGGAGAAAGCUGGGCAAUUCUCCAGUCGUACCAAGUGCUCGAAAAAGUUCUCUACCUCAUGCGUGUACUUAUGCACCAGCGUCCAGAAUACCUGGAGUCAUCUGCUGGCACUGUCGACGCAUUGCUCGCGCUGUUCCCGCCAUCGAAGCGGCCGAUAUUCGUUUAUCCGUCUAGCGCAACGGCGCUAGGAUCAAACCUCGAGCCUGGGAACGAAAAUUUUGUCGACGAGUUAAGCGACGAUUAACGUUAAUGAGUAAAGUGCACUUCAUAGCUUCGUGAAGCAGGCACCAACAAUCGUGAUACUAAUUACUAGUACGUUACACCCACCAAAAUAUUUAGGUAAAUUACUGAACUACUGCGUGCCGAGUGCAUUAUACCGAAAAUGUAUGUGAAGAAACAGCAUUGCCGAUAUUACAGUAUUUCUAGUAAGCAAACUUUGUAAGUACUUGUUGAAUCUAACAUGUAGAAACGAG